GGUUCGAACUUUCUCCAAGAAAAACAUUGAACGACAUUUAAAUUCGAGAAAGACCUCAAUCAGCUUUUAAGUAAAACAAUUGGCGCACCUUGCAAGUGAUUAUACAAACACACAGAUAAUGGCUGGUAACAGCAUUACAAUCAACGGCGACAGAUAUGAGGUUAAUCUGGCUGCCCUGCCUGCGGACAUCUCGCUGAACACCUUCAUCCGAGAGCAUGCCGGUCUGACGGCCACGAAGUUCAUGUGCCAGGAGGGCGGAUGCGGCGUCUGCGUGUGCACUCUGACCGGCAUCCAUCCGGAGGCGGGUGAGGUGCGCACCUGGGCCGUGAACUCGUGCCUCACGCUGCUGAACACCUGCCUGGGACUGGAGGUGACCACCGCAGAGGGUCUGGGCAACAAGCGGGUGGGCUACCAUGCCAUCCAGGAGCGGCUGGCCAAGAUGAACGGCACCCAGUGCGGCUACUGCUCGCCGGGCACAUUCAUCGAUGUGGGAGGUUUGGCAGAGCUCAAGGGACACAAGCUGGAUGCUGGCUCCCUCACCCUCGGGGGUAACUUGAGCCUCACUGAAACGAUGGACAUUUGCCGACAGCUGGAGCAGACCAAAGACUUCGAGUACCUGGCCCAGGUGUGGCAGCACCUCGAUUGGAUCGCCAACGUUCCCGUUCGCAAUGCCGGCACCUUGGCGGGCAAUCUGGCCAUUAAGCAUGCCCACCCGGAGUUCCCCUCGGACGUGUUCAUUGUCCUCGAGGCUCUGGACGCACAGGUGAUUGUCCAGGAAUCGUUGGUGAAGCAGGCGACUGUCAGCCUCGCCAGCUAUCUGAAGACACCGAUGGAGGGAAAGAUCAUAAGAGGAAUAGUUCUCCCUGCGUACCCCAAGGAUCGUUUUCUGUUCGACUCCUACAAGAUCAUGCCACGUGCACAGAAUGCUCAUGCCUAUGUCAAUGCCGCUUUCCUGCUCGAGUUGGACAACGCUUCAAAGGUGAAGACUGCGAGGAUUUGCUUUGGUGGCAUCAAUCCGGAGUUUGUCCAUGCCACGGCCAUUGAGAGGCUGCUGCUGGGACGCAAUCCCUAUGAGAAUGGACUGGUGGAGCAAGCCUUUGGCCAACUGUCGACUAUUCUGAAACCCGAUGAGGUGCUGCCCGAUGCCUCGCCUGUGUACCGACGCAAACUCGCCUGCGGACUCUUCUACAAGUUUCUGCUGAAGACGGCAGCACAGAGGAAACAGGGAGUGGGCAGUCGCUUCGCUUUGGGUGGAUCUCUGCUGCAACGGCCCGUGUCGAGUGGAAAGCAAAACUUUGAGACCUUCGAGGAGCAUUAUCCAGUGACCAAGCCUACGGAGAAGCACGAGGGACUUAUUCAGUGCUCAGGGGAAGCAACUUUCGCCAAUGAUCUUCCCACGCAACAGAAUCAGUUGUGGGCUGCCUUUGUUCACGCCAAAAAAGUUGGUGCAAAGGUCUCAAAGGUAGACCCGCAGCCUGCAUUAAACAUACCCGGAGUGGUGGCUUAUUUGGAUGCCAAGGACAUACCAGGACCAAACUAUCUUGGACCCAAGACACGCGAGCCAAUGUUUUUUGCCGAAGACGAGGAGAUUUUUGCCACUGGCGAGAUCAAGUUCUACGACCAACCCGUGGGUGUGAUUGUCGCCAAUUCCAACGCGCUGGCUCAACGCGCCGCAGCAUUGGUGAAGUUAAGUUACGAAGGAGGAGCCAAGGAAGUGUUGCCCACACUCAAGGAUGUGCUGAAUAAGGUGGGAGCUUCAGCCAGUGAGCGUCUGGAGCAUCGAUACAAGUCAACGCUGAAGAGCCUCGACCUGGAGGGGGAACACUUCGAUGUGAGUUCCUCCGGACAGCUGGACUUGGGCCUGCAGUACCACUACUACAUGGAGCCACAGACUACUGUCGCAGUGCCCUUCGAGGGUGGAAUGCAAGUGCAUGUCACCACACAAUGGAUGGAUCUGUCGCAGGAUAUCAUUGCCAACAUUCUCAACCUAAAGGUGAACGAGGUGCAGGUGAAAACCCGCCGCCUAGGGGGUGGCUACGGUGGCAAGGCCACGCGCUGCAAUCUCGCCGCUGCUGCUGCUUCGAUUGCUGCCUACAAGCUGAAUCGUCCCGUGCGCUUUGUGCAGUCGCUGGAGUCCAUUAUGAGCACACUGGGCAAGCGCUGGGCCUUCCACUGUGACUACGAUUUCUUCGUGCAAAAGUCUGGCAAGAUUGUGGGCCUUGUCAGUCGCUUCUUCGAGGAUGCCGGCUACUUGUCCAACGAGUCCCACAUGGGCCAUGGCGUGGCGGUGUCCAGGAACUGCUACGAAUUCAGCGAUAACUAUAAACUGGAUGGCUUUCUGGUGUACACAGAUGCACCCACCAAUACACCGUGUCGUGCGCCGGGAUCAUUGGAGGGCAUUGCCAUGAUAGAGAACAUUCUGGAGCACAUUGCCUUCGAGACUGGACAGGAUCCUGCGGAUGUGCGCUAUGCUAAUAUUUUGCCCAAUCACAAAAUGGGCGAAAUGAUGCCAGGAUUUCUAGCUAGUACGCUAUACAAGGAACGUCGCUCUGAGAUUAUUGCCUACAACAAGGAGAAUCGCUGGCGCAAGCGUGGAUUGGGGCUGUCUAUAAUGGAGUACCAAAUGGGUUACUUUGGACAGUAUCCCGCGACGGUUGCUAUUUACCACAGCGAUGGCACAGUGGUGGUCACACAUGGAGGCAUUGAAAUGGGACAGGGCAUGAACACCAAAAUAUCCCAAGUGGUGGCCCACUCUCUGGGCAUUCCCAUGGAACAGGUGCGCAUUGAGGCCAGCGAAACGAUCAAUGGAGCCAACGCCAUGGGCACAGGCGGCUCCGUGGGCAGCGAAUCCAUUUGCUUUGCUGUGCGCAAGGCCUGCGAGACGCUGAACUCUCGCCUGGCGCCGGUCAGGGAGGAGGUGAAACCCUCCAACUGGCAGCAACUCAUCAAUGAGGCUUACAACCGGAAGAUCAAUCUCAUAGCGAAUGAUCAUUACAAGCAGGGCGACAUGGAUAAUUAUGCGGUGUGCGGCCUCUGCCUCACGGAGGUGGAAUUUGAUGUUCUGACGGGCAACUAUCUGAUCAGCCGCGUGGAUCUCCUGGAGGAUGCGGGAGAGAGUCUGAAUCCGUUUGUGGAUAUUGGACAGAUGGAAGGCGCUUUAAUGAUGGGCCUGGGUUACUGGACCAGCGAGCAGAUUAUAGUGGACAAGCAGACCGGCGAAUGUCUGACUAAUCGCACGUGGACCUACAAGCCACCUGGCGCCAAGGAUAUUCCCAUAGAUCUGCGCAUCCAAAUGCUGCCCAAGAGCCCCAACAAGGUUGGGUUUAUGCGGUCAAAGGCCACUGGGGAACCCGCCAUCUGUGUGGCCAUCGCUGUGGCCUUUGCCCUGCAGCAAGCCCUGCAAUCCGCCCGCGAUGAUGCCGGUGUGCCCAAGGCCUGGGUCACCCUCAAUGCCCCGAUGACACCCGAGUAUCUGGUACUCCACGCCGGCACCGAGCCCGCCAGCCAGUUCAAGCUGAACUAAGUGGCACAACGAAGGGGGCAGAAGAUCUGCUGCCCGUCGGUGAACAGAACGUGAGACACGGGCACGUGGCCUGCGGCAGCGAUGGGUACGCUCCGAUAAGCACGCCAAGAUAUACAUAGGAUGUACACCCCCACUCUCACUUAACCUAGAGGAGCAGUCCUUGGUAUUGUAUGCACAAUAAAUUAAAAACUUAUCCAAAGCUUAA